AUGUCUUCCCGAUUCCCUCCAUCGUCUGGGUUUAAUUCCCGCGACCGCUCUCCUCAACGCUUUGGAGAUCGUCGUCCACCAGCAGGUCCCCGCGGCCCCGACGACAGCAGUCCUUCAUUUGGUAGGGAACCUCCACGUGGCCCUCGUGCUCUGGUCGACUCUCCUCGAGGAGGGUUUGGUGGCCGCGGCCGAGGCUACGGCCGUGGUGAAUUUAGAGAUCGAGACCGAGACAUUCGAGAUCGUGAUCGCGAAUUUAGAGAUGCCCGCGAUGGGCCGCCAUUCCGCCGCGACAUGGAUCGCGACUGGAAUCGCCGGGACCGAGAUUUUGACCCUAGGGAUGCACGAAUUAGUUUUGGCCGAGGCCGCUCAAGGUCACCCGCACGCGACUUCCGCGACAUGAGAGAGCCGCUCGGCCGAGAUUUUGACCCGGUCCGCAUGCGACGUAAUUCUCGUGACAGCAUAUUGUCGGCUUCUUCUGGAGGCCCUGAUGGUCCACCUCUUAAUACGGGUCACCCUCGUGGCGGUGGGAUGCGUGGCCGUGGACGUGGAGAUUGGGAAGGAGGUCGAGGCCGAGGCCGUCCCACAUACUUCGAUGACCGUGAGUCGUUUCGGCGUCGGAGUCGGUCUCGCGAUGGCUGGCGGGAUCGGGGGCGGGAUCGUUUGGAUCGCUUGCCAGAUCGCAUACAAGAUCGCAUGCAAGAUCGCAUGUUAGAUCGUUUGCCAGAUCGUUUGCCAGAUCGUUUGCCAGAUCGUUUGCCAGAUCGUUUGCCAGAUCGUUUGCCAGAUCGCAUGCAGGAUCGCGUACAAGAUCGCCUUCAGGAGCGUCUAGAUCGCGUAGAACGGCUUCCAGAACGACUGCCAGAAAGACUUCCAGAACGACUACCAGAGCGACUCUCAGAGCGACUCCCAGAACGACUUCCAGAACGACUGCCAGAACGCUUGCCGGAUCGGGAAAGAGACCGUGAUGUUGACCGAGAUCGCCUCCCAGAUCGUGAUCGACUAGUAGAUCGAGACCGUGAUCCCCGCGAGAGGGAACGUGAUCGUGAUUUCGACCGACGUGAUCGAUUUGAUAGACGAGAAGAUUGGGAUCAAAGGCGGCCUGGUCGAGAGGACCGUGAGCGUCCUAGUGACAUCUGGAAGCGAGACCGACCCGCGAGCCGAGCAGAAAAUCGCAUUCCUUUGGGACCACCCCAAUCGUCAAUUCCGCGUGCCACCCCUCCCAUGGGCCCUCCCAUGCCUGAUCGCUUACCAGACCAAGCCCCUCCCGAACUGAUCAGAAAGGCAUCGAUAAUAUCGAGCAUCUCAAAUUUCGAAACUCGACGUAAUAGCGAACGCUCAGAGCCUACCACUCUCCUUUCUGAACCCUCCAAGGAUGCAGAAUCCACCGUUCAAAAUUCACCCCCUCCACCUGGUCCUCAGGUUCCUGCUUUUGGUUCGGUUCCUGCUCCCACAGCAAAUUCUCCAUCUGAUAAAGGCGCUUCCGAGGGGCGCCCUUCUAUUGAUUUGUCUCUUUCUACUGAUAAGGAUCAACACGAAGAGCCCUCGAUUCAGCCGGGAGCUACUGGGCCCAAGUCAGAGGGAGUUGAACAGUCACAAUCUUCAAAAUUUCAUAGCCGUUUCGAGGUGCAUGACGCCCAAGAUGGACAUAUUCAUCCUUCAAGAGCCCUUAUCCAAGCAGAUCGUUCUCCGCCAACUGCUCCAGCUGCAAUGAUCAAGCGCCACUCGGUCUCAUCUGCCAUUGGGGGCCCUAUUCCCGAAAAACUAAGGUCACGCAAUCCCUCUCUCCCCAGUUCUCAAAUAUCUCCACCUGCCCCUCGCGCUAUCUCGCGUGACCCAUCUAUAUCUCCCCAAAUUCAACACUCAAAUAUUCCUACUGGCCCACGAGCAUUACAGCAACGACCCGGCUCAUCACCCCGUGGCCUGAAGAAAGUCAUUAAGACAUGGCCUCGCUCUAACUACGGACGUGCUUCCUCUCUAACUGGUUCUCCGCCAAAGAAGGAAGUCGAUGAUCACAGAGAAUCCCCUCCCCCUGCAGCUCCACCCGCAAAAGAAAUACAACACGAAACUCAACGUGCAUCACUGGAGACUGUCGAUGAGACCAUCAAAGCCAACCAUACGGAGAAGGAUGUUAGCAUGGCCUCCGCACUAGGUAUCACACGCUCAACGCUUGAAAAUCCUAAUUCUGCAGAUGAAACUUCGGGCUCGCCAUCUAGGAGGCUCCCUAUUGGUAGUAGUCCUCCUCCUAUCCCUGCCAUUGAAUUCACCCCUUUCAAAGAACUUCAACCAAAUGGCAAAGAGCAAGAUUCUGCUCCAAUUCCUGAUUUCGGACAAAUGAGUGACGAAGACGAAGAGGAGGAGCAUGUGGUUUUCAAUGGAGAAUACAUGGACGAACGCAAGCGAAUCUUUGAGAAAGAUAUUCAACAGCUUCGUGCAGAGAUGCCCCCACCCCCCUUGGAAGACCCUACUAUUCUGUCUCUAUUGAUGAGAAUUCAACUGCUUGGAAUAAUCGCAAACGAAAAGAAUUUCGAACCAGUACCGGAGCAAAUUGCGUCGGCGGAAAAAGACGAAAGCAUCAAUCAGGGCAAUGACCCUGUUGUCACGUUUGCACCGACAGUCAUUGAUGAAGACAUCGUCGAUUCUGCUGAGUCUGCUGAAUCUGUUUCGCAGGAGGUCGAUCAAGCAGCAGUUUCACCUAUUGCAGUCCUUCCUGAAAUUACCAUCGAUAGAUUGCCUUUCUUGAACUCUGGGCCUCUUACACCCCUUUCUGAUAUGGAUGUUUGUCAUGAAACCAACUCCACUCAUGACAUGAAGUACUUAUUUCUCGGAGAGCUUUCUAAGAGACGAAAGGAAGUUGCAAAGAAGAAUGCGAUACUCAGGGAGAAGUACAUGGCAAUCUAUAAACCCUGGCGAUUUGCCAUCUGGGAAAUGGAUCAGCAAAAAGCCCAAGCUCGCAUGACCCCGGGUCCUGCAUCACCUCCUCCUUCCAUUACCCCAGUAACUCCAGCACCGCUUCCCGAAGGACGCGAGGGCCGCCGUUACAAGGGUAAUAGUCAGCUUGACUUGGAAAAUGCGCUCAAGGCAUCUCAGAUCACUGCGCAACAGGAGCUUGAACGCAGGCGCAUGCAAGAGGCAACUGUUUAUCCUGACUUAUCUCGAGAAGCAAUUAUUCCCGAUAUGGUGGAGCCGGACGUGGCGAAGGCUAGUAUUUUCAAAGACGUGAACAACGUUGUUGAUGCCAACAACGCAAUGGCGGUCUUUGGUUUCAAGCCAUUACCUACCGACUUUACUGAAGAGGAGCACAAGAUCUUUACCAAUGCUUUCAUGAUGGAUCCGAAGAAGUGGGGCAAGAUUGCUGAAUCUUUACCUGGCCGGAAUUUCCAGCAAUGCAUUCUUCAUUACUAUCUCACCAAAGAAGACAUCAAGUACAAGGCGAAGGUCAACAAGAAAGCAGGCGGUAAAAGGAGAGCUAAGUCUAACAAGUCGAAUAAGUCUAACGCUCUGAUUGCUCCUCUGGGCGAGGUUAAGCCAGAAUUCCAAGGCGAGGAUGAGCCUGCACCAGUUACUGACACUGGACGCCCACGUCGCGCUGCCGCGCCCACCUUUGGGCCGACUUUUGGCGAAUCAACAACCGAAAGUGACAAUAUGAGCAGUAGUCGCCGGACCAAGGACAACGAAGUUGUUGAGAGACCUACGGGCCUUAAACGUGGUGGUGGGAGAGGUGGUGGUACUCGUGGCAAAGGAAAAACCAAGGCCACCCAACCAGAUCAUAAAGCCCAGGGACCACAACCGCAGCCUAACUCUUCACUUCCACCAUUUUCUAAGACGGACCUGAACUUAGAUGGUGUAGAUACAAGUCUUCUUCCGCCUGCUAAAGAAUUACUUGAAAAGGACGUUCCAACUCCGCGCUCAAGGGCUGGACGUGGACGCAAAGAGGGGAUUUAUGUGUUCGAUACGACAGAGGCCGAAAUUUCCAUGACACCAAAGCAAGCAGAGUCUGGGUACGGGUCUUUACAGCCGACCAGUUAUUGGUCUGUACCGGAACAGCGUGAUUUCCCUCGCUUGCUUGCACACUUCGGACGUGACUUUGAAGGAAUCUCCAAUUUUAUGAAAACGAAGACAACGGUUAUGGUGAAAAACUACUACCAGAGAGGUCUUGAAGCAAAGAAAGACUUUGAAGAGGUGGUUUCAGUCGCUGAGGAUAAGAAAACGCGUGGUGAACCAACAGAUCCCCUUCCUAUGCUUAGUGUUGCCCCUAAACGACGUUACGAAGCGACUCCAUCAGCUAUCGUUCCCCGUACGCUUGCUCCCCACGGUGAUUUGAUGAUCGAGGCGGAAGAGCCACGGUUUUCUUCCCAAGGCCCUCAGCCAGUUUCUCUUCCCGGUCGUACACUGUCCGAUGGCGAACGUGGUAACCGCUACCCGCCGCUGUCUGUGGCAUCUUCUGCUAUGUCUGCAGCCGGCUCAGUCUCGUCCACGACAGUGACAGCCGCUCUCGAUGAUGAAUUGCGUCGGUCUGGAAUGCACCCACCUGGAGGCGCAGGCGCAUCUCGCAUGCCAGGUCCUCGUCUUGGAUACUUCACCAAUGAUGAUCGCCGGGAGUCUGUGAUGUUGCCGCAUUCAAAUCGUGUGCAAGAUAUGCAAAUUCCCUCUCGGCACACCCCUGCGGCUGAUUUAGCCCGUAUGGAUUCCCUAUCUACGGCUUCGUACAUCUCUGGACAGCCCUCUAUUCCGCCAGGUCAUUCACGCCAUCCUAGUCUUACUCAAGUACCUGGCUCCCCUUCACAGUUACUGAGGUCAGAUGAGAGAGCUUCUAUGCACUGGGAUGCUCCAGGACGAGCAUUCUAUCGUCAGCUUCAACCCGUCGGUAUUUCGUCCCAAUCACCUCGACCUGUCUUAUCUCCUGUGAAGGAUAACACAGGACCAAGUACGACCCCAGGCCCCGAGUCGACUCCUCGCCAAGUGCCGGCUAAACGCUCUAACAUUAUGAGCAUUCUAAAUGACGAGCCUGAGGAGCCUCAGCCUCGAAAGCGCUUUGCUAACGAGCCACCGUCUGGUCCCAUGUCUACACCUCAAUCACGGUCCGGCUAUACCAAUUAUGCGCCACCAUCGGAGGAGGAAAAGAAAAGACGCAGCGGCUAUUACGCAGACCCUAAUGUUGUACCCCGAAAAGACGGACGCCCACACCGAACCCAGACGACAUCUGAAGCCGAAUUACAGCUUUACCUUUCCGGUAGAUUGAAUGGGGCGAGCAAUGACUGGAUGGCUCGAUUUGACCCGCGUGCACAGCAAACUGCCUCUCAACAACAGUUGCAGCCUCCAGAACGGUCAUCACAACAGAGUGCACACUCGCCUGGAUCGGUGGCAUCACGGAGCCCCUUCUCGCACUACGCUUCUGCCCCGUCACAGCAGGCUGCUGCUUUGGGCAAUCAUUCUGCCCCACCAUCCGCAGCAGCAACCCCUCCACCAUCUGCUUCACAGCGCCUUUCAUAUUCCAGCGUCUUCAACCAAGCGCCUGAAAGCCAGGCACAUUCACUUUCAGGCUCUCGUGACAUGACACCUCAACCCUCGGCGUAUCGACCUGGUUCCCCGACUGCACGGACAAGCAGUGUUUUAUCACGACCAGAGCCCACCUCAACCCAGUCAUCAUCCAGCAUCUAUAGUUUGAAAUCUCACCAUCCUAGUUCUCAGAGCUAUCAGCAACACGUCCAGACCCUUGUUAACGGCUCGCAUCACUCGAGCCGAUCCACUCCCGUGAGCAUUUCCGGCCCCGUGAUGCUGCCAGGUGUUCCCUCCCAAUACGGACACAACACACCCCUCCCCCAGACCCAGAGUGGUAGAUCUAUGCCUUCGCUGGCGACGCUCGGGCGCUCUUACACACCGCCGGCCUCCAUGCACCCCGGAGCCAUGGCUUACGCACCUCCAUCGACAUCCCACCAUCAACGACCUCCAGGGCCAGGUUCACUGGCUGAUCCUGGCUCCACACGGGGACAUCACCGUGUUUACAGUCAAGGCUCAGUGCAAGGGGGGUUGCCGGGUCCAUUGAACCCAUCUUCUCAACCACCCCGACAGUGA